AUGGCCCAGCGCCCCGGCCCCCGCGCCUCGGACAGCAGCCCCGGCCCGGGACCCAGCGCUAACGCCACUGACCGCGGCCCCCGGGGAUCCGCGCCCCACGCGCGCCGCCGGCCCCACCGCAACCACUCCCGGCGCUCCCCGCCGCCCGCGCGCCCGCGCAGCCCCACGCCCCGCGUUGGCCGCCGCACCGCGGCCCCUAGGCCCAGCGCCCCGCGCACUCCGCCGGCCAGGCUUGCACAAUGCACCGCGCAGCCCCGGCCCGUUGCCCCGGGCAACCGCUGGACGCCCGGCGGCGUGGCGAGGGGCGGGGGCGCAGCGCGCCCCAAGGGGCCGAUCCCGGGGGCGCGAGCAGGCGCGAGGAAGGGUGAGCUGCCGGAGGCCGGAAUGGAGCCGGAAGAAAGGAAGAGGCUCUCGUCCGCUUCACUGGAAGGAGACCCGAGAGAAGAGAACAAAUUAAAACGAGGAAUUUCCCAAGACUUGACUUCUUCCCCCAAAUUAGACAGAUACAAAAUAGCAAGACAAUUAACAGAAAAGGCCAUCAAGGAAAAGAAGAUUUUCUCCAUCUACGGACACUACCCAGUGAUACGGGCCACUCUUCGAAGAAAGGGCUGGGUGGAGAAGAAGUUCCACUUUCUGCCCAAGGCUGAUGGCUCUCUGGGGGUUGUGUUUGCAGAACAUAAAUGUGCUGAAGGCAAAGAAAACCAAGAAGAGGCUUUGGAGAAGACAAAUGACAUCCAUGAUGUGAUGUCCAGGUUGGUAAAAAACGAAAUGCCGUACUUCCUCUGGACUAUCAAAAGGGACGUCAUUGACUACCACCGCCUGAGCUGUGACCAGAUGCUGAAUCACUACGGGAAGACGGCUUCCUUCACCACCAAGAUCGGGCUGUGUGUGAACAUGAGGAGCCUGCCAUGGUACGUCCAAGCCAACCCUGACUCCUUCUUCCCCCGCUGUUACGGCCUCUGCACUGAGAGCGAGAAGCAGGAAUUCCUGGACGACUUCCGGCGCACAGUGGCCUCCAGCAUCCUCAAGUGGGUGGUCAGCCACCAGAACUACAGCAGAGGCAAACCCAGCAUCAAGGGGGAGGCCUGCGAGCCGGGCUCCGGCAACAAGAAAGCUUCCAAGAAUGCCGAAUCCAAGCUCACGGGCCUCUCGGGACAGCUCGUGGACACUGCGUGCAAGGUGUGCCAGGCCUACCUGGGGCAGCUAGAGCAUGAGGGCAUCGACGUCUCUGAGGACUCCACCAGGGGCCUCACAGAGGAUGAGUGGAAAGACCUGACACAGCAGUACUACUCCCUCCUCCAUGGUGAGGCGUUCAUCUCCAAUUCGAGAAAUCACUUUUCGCAGUGCCAGGCUCUGCUGAAUAAAAUCACGUCUGUGAACCCUCAGACGGAGAUCGACGGGCUUCGGAACAUCUGGAUCAUAAAGCCGGCGGCCAAGUCCCGUGGCCGAGACAUCGUGUGCAUGAACCGAGUGGAGGAGAUCCUGGAGCUGGUCGCUGCAGACCACCUCUCUGCCAAGGACAACAAGUGGGUGGUGCAGAAGUACAUCGAGACCCCACUGCUCAUCUAUGACACCAAGUUCGACAUCAGGCAGUGGUUCCUGGUCACUGACUGGAACCCCCUGACCAUCUGGUUCUAUAAGGAGAGCUACCUGCGGUUUUCUACACAGCGCUUCUCCCUGGAAAAUCUGGACAGCGCCAUCCACUUAUGCAACAACUCCAUCCAGAAGCACCUGAAGAACGACAAGGACCGCAGCCCCCUGCUGCCCUACUACAACAUGUGGACCAGCACCAGGUUUCGGGAGUACCUGCAGAAGAGGGGCCGCGGGGCCGUGUGGGCCAGCGUCAUCUACCCCGCCAUGAAGCGGGCCAUCGCCAACACCAUGAGGGUGGCCCAGGACCACGUGGAACCGCGCAAGAACAGCUUCGAGCUGUACGGGGCCGACUUCAUCCUGGGGCGCGACUUCCAGCCCUGGCUGAUCGAGAUCAACUCCAGCCCCACCAUGCACGCGUCCACGCCCGUCACGGCCCAGCUGUGCGCCCAGGUGCAGGAGGACACCAUCAAGGUGGUCCUGGACCGCAAGGUCGACCGCAACUGCGACAUCGGCAACUUCGAGCUGCUGUGGAGACAGCCUGCUGUGGAGCUGUCACCCUUCCACGGCUCUGACCUUUGCGUGGAAGGCGUUAGCGUGAGGAAAGCCAAGAAGCAGAUGCCGACCAUUUCCAACGUGAAUUUUUCAUCUUCCCUCUUGGACAUUCAGCCCCUAAAAGUGAGGUGCCCCUUGGCCAUGCCAAACCAGCCUCUAGGACCUCCACACUCGGCUCUCCAGCAAGACUCGAAACUAAAAGAUGCAAAGGUAACAGUGCGGCUGCUUGUGCCCGUCUGA